AUGUCUCGACACCUUCUCCUCCUCAUCGCUUUCGCUAUCGUUCUUUGCAACGCAUCGACAAUCACCAACUACUGGGGCUCGCAUAACUGUCAAGGCUCAUACCACCGUUGCUACAACCGCCGAGCAGGGCAGUGUUGUGAAGAUAACGAGACCUUUCGUUCUGCCAAGUUUGGGGGCCUGCCUAAAGGCCCCAAAACUUGUGUCACAAACGACCAAGACCCUCACGAAUACUGCGGGGUGUCACAGAAGGCAAUCCUCACAUUCAAAAGGACGACUUGUCUGACUGGUAACGGAUACGCUUGGUCAGGCGGAUCUAUCUUCUUCGACUGCAACUACAUUCGUGAACACAUGUGCCUCUCUGACCGCGGCCUUGAGCAUAGUGAAGCGAUGCCUGAUCGAGAAACAAAGUUGCCUGACAUCAAAUGUACUUCUUCACACAAGCCUGACGUUGUCGGAGCUCACGGAUACGAAUUCUUUGUAUACGGCACUGAUUUGGCGAAAAAGUAUGGAAAGGUCGCAUUGAAUGAUGAGGAAACGAAUGAAAUCUUGGCGCUUGUUAAUGGUUCCUCUGAAACGUCACUGGAGGAUCUGCUGGUAAAGUUUGGGCACAGUGCUCUCCAGGAGGGGGAGAUUCAAGACGAGUAG